AUGGCGAAUCAGCGGGCAGCUGCAGAGUUGGCAUCUCUGCUUUGGACGCUUGCGCACGAAAUGAGUGUGGAAGAUUUUGGUGCCGUUGAAAGCGAAGUUUUUACGCUCGUGUUCGCUCUCGUGCACGCUCCGGACAAAGAAAGUCGUAUGGCCGGUUUGGCCGCCUUGGAUGGAUUGUUGGUGGCACCGAGUGCGGACGAAGAGAAAAAGGCCAUCAAGUUCGCUAACGCCUUGAGUACAGGGCUGCGAGCAGCGAAUGGCGACUAUGAAUUUUUUUCCGCCGUGUCGAAAGCGCUGGGUCAUAUGGCGAUGCGCAUUUCGAACGUGGAUUUUGUCGAGGCCGAAGUUACCCGAGCGCUGGAAUGGUUGCGCACCGGACGUUCAGAUAGAAGCCUGCUUCGUCUACGAAGACUCGCGGCCUCUUUGUCACUCAAAGAAUUUGCAAUCCACGCUCCUACCACCUUUCAUUCUAAGACCAGUCAAUCGACGCUAGGACAGGGCGGUUCCAACGAGUUUUUGGAUACCAUUUUUCAGUCAAUACGUGAUCCACAACCCAUCGUGCGAGUCUGUGCUGCUGACGCUCUUUCACAAUGUUUGCGCAUUUUGGUAGAUCGUAGACAUCUUUCUCUAACUGGACUAUUGUGUCAGAUUCACUUCUCUACAAUGGAAGGUCUUCAAGAAGCGACCAAGAAGCAAUCUUGGCACGCGGCUUCGGAAUCUGAAGCAGCCAAGCACGGGUCGCUCUUAGUAGUCGGAACAAUGCUGGCGUACACUCGCGAAUUCCUACUGCCUCGUUUCGAAGAAAUAUGUCGAGCAGUCUUAGCUUGCUCCAAAAACCCAAAAGUUUUGAUCCGUUUGGAGGUCGUUCGGUUGAUUCCUAAGUUAGCUGCUUGCUGCUCUAGUGUGUUUGGCCGCCGGUAUUUGGAGCAAAGCUUAGUCUUUUUGAUUGACAACGUAUCUAGCCCAGCAUCUCUCCGCGACAACGUCGAUAUACGUCCUUCCGUCUAUGACGCUAUUGGCGAUUUGAUUAUGGCAAUGAGCGAUGAGAAUACUGGAAGGAGGCUGGAGGAAAUCUUCGCCGUUGUUCGGAAAGGGCUGCACGCUCCAACAUCUCGAAGCUCUGUCGGUCACACCUUAUGUCCGGCACUGCAUUGCGCCUCAAGCCUUGUCGAGGCGCUGAAAGACUUGGCUCUGCCUUAUUUGGAUGGCGUUAUCGAUGACAUGUUCCAAUCGGGUUUGAGUAUUGAUUUGAUUCAGUGUUUGCACUCUAUCGCUCAGAGCAUUCCGAUGUAUAAAGAUGAAAUUGAAGAUCGCAUGUUACAAGAAGUAUCUCUGUCUCUGGCUGGGAAUAGACGUUCCAGUGAUCAUACUCUUGGAUCGAGCUAUCCUGCGGGUGCAGCCUCAACUACUGAGUCUUCGAAUGUGCAUAUUAAUAUGAACAAUGAUGCAAAAACGACCAAAUUGUUGGUCCUGAGUCUUCAGACUUUCGCAUCAUUUUCAAACUCGACGGCCCAAGUGACUUUGUCUGGGAAGAUUAUUCCGCUUAUGCCUUUCGUUCAAGAUGUUACAGCACGAUAUCUAUUGCACCCAUCGAACGAGGUACGCCGGGCGGCAGCGCUGGCAUGCUGCGUCCUGCUGAUUCCCCAUGGUUCUAUCUUUGCCAGUGCUGGGAGCUGCAGUGGUUUAAUUAUAGAGGAUGUUCUGGAAGCUCUUCUGAGAGCUGCCGUUUCGGAUAGCUCUGCUGUUGUUCGCCUCUGCGUUGUUCGUGCGUUGGAUACGCGAUACGACCCUUUUCUGUGUCAGACACACCAUCUGCAAGACCUGUUCCUUGUGCUACAAGAUGAAACAUUGGCAACAAGAGUUGCUGGUCUUCAAUUACUUGGUCGUCUUGCAAGUCUGAAUCCUGCUCCAAUUCUUCCGGUUCUCCGGAGGUUUUUAAACGAUCUUGUCGUUGAAUUGCAGUGUGGAGUCGAUACGGGAAGAGGCCGAGAAGAAGCGACACGCUUGCUCGUCGUUUUUCUACGCGUGAAGCCUUUGCAACGGUUGAUUCAUCCAGUACUUGCUACACUCGUUGGGGCACUUCCUCUGACAGGUGCUGCACCACCGCGAUUAGCUUCGGCGUCUUUGGAGGCACUCGGUGAGCUUGCACAAGCUACAGGUACAGCCUUGCAGCCGUGGGUCAAUGAUAUUAUUCCUCAUGUUCUGAAUACAAUGAAGGACCAAAGCAGCGCCAGUAAGCAGAGGACUAGUCUCAGAACUCUUGGUCAGAUUGCUGGCUCAACUGGGUACGUUGUCCGUCUCUAUCUUGACUAUCCGAAUCUUUUAAGUCAAGCGACAGAUAUCUUGCCGGCCACAAAGCGAGCUCCAUGGACUCUUCGUCGGGAAGUUAUCCGUACAUUGGGGAUUAUUGGUGCUUUAGAUCCUGACCGGUAUUAUUCUGUAGCUUCUAAGGCCCGAAAAGGAGGCGUUCAAUACGCUAUGGUUGCACAACCUGUAUCCAAUCUUUCCCCUGCGAAGCGUAUGACACCAUCUGAAGAAGAUUUCUAUCCGACAGUCUCUAUACAGGCACUGAUGCGAAUUUUUCGCGACUCGACGCUUACUGUGCAUCACGGUAUGGUUAUUCAGGCAAUUAUGUUUAUCUUCAAGUCCCUGGGCGUGCGGUGUGUUCCAUUCCUGGGAAAAGUUCUGCCCCACAUGAUAUUGACAAUACGACACUGCCCCUCGAAUCUGAAAGAGUCACUUUUCAUUCAACUCUCCAACCUAACCUUGGUUGUAAAGGCUCAUCUGCGAAUAUUUGUUGACGACAUUUUCGAUAUUGUAGAACAGUUUUGGGACUCAAGACACCUCUCUAUUAUUUUGAAGUUGCUCUCAAAUAUAGCAAUUGGAGUACCGGAUGCCUUUAGGCAAUUCGUCCCCCGCUUCAUUCGGCGUCUCCUUACAUCACUUGAUGAGCUACAAGUUGCUGACUGGUCCACAGCUAAACAAAGCUUGCUUCCCCAAAAUGGUAGGGCCGAGUCGGAAAAGCUCAGUCAUAUUUUGAAGAGCAUUUCAAAGCUCAACAGCAUGUUAAGGGAAUACUUGCACAUUCUGAUUCCCGCUCUCUUGAAGCUUGCUGACUCACUAGCUUCGUUAUCCUUCAACGGUGCGACGACCACUACGAUAUCUAUUUUGGAUGGCUUCUCCGUACUGAAUUGUAGGACACUGUCAGCGCUGAUAGAGAGCCAGGCGCCGGCACCAAAUCCAGUCGCACUGGCUCUGUUCACAGGUCUAAGCUGCACUCCACCGAUAAACUCCGAAAAUGGACUUCCGUCUCGCGUUGUCCAGCCAUUGGUUAGAAUUUUUCGAGAAACGCCACCGCGAAGUCUUGCUGUAGGCCUAUCGAUGGUGGAAACACUCUUCGAUGAACAUCCCGUUGCUCCUGCUCUUCGCGCAUCUUUCUCGGUCUCAAAUAGACAGAAAGUUAAUCAAGGGAAUCUGCAACGAGCCUGGGAUGUAUCGCAACGAUCAUCUCGCGAGGACUGGGACGAGUGGAUGAGGAGAUUUGCAAUCCAGCUACUACGUGAAGCACCAUCGCCGGCCCUACGAGCAAGCGCGAAUCUUGCUCAUGCAUAUCAACCUUUGGCGAGAGAGCUUUUCAGUGCUGCAUUUGCUUGCUGCUGGAAAGAAUUGAGUCAUCCGUACCGGACAGACCUACUUAGUGCGCUGGAGACCGCCUUCGUUGCUGAUAUUUCCCCGGAAAUUCUUUUGGCGCUACUAAACCUGGCUGAGUUUAUGGAACAUGACCCAAGUGGAGGUCUCCCUAUUGACAUUUCAAUCUUGGCAGAUUUAGCAUUGAAGUGUCGGGCGUACGCCAAAGCGCUGCACUACAAAGAACGGGAGUACAGGAACGGAGGAUCAGGUUCCUGUGUGGAAGCGCUAAUCAGUAUCAAUCGGAAGUUGGAUCUUCAAGAGGGUGCGCUAGGGAUUUUGAAGGCUUCCGCGAUUGACGAUGAGGAUGCAUCCAAGCAAUCGGGUUGGUGGCUGGCCAAGCUUGGCAACUGGACAGAAGCGCUGGAGGUAUAUCGCGAGAAGCUGAAGAGCGACCCUCACGAUUUUGAAGCUAUUGUAGGAUGCAUGAGGUGCCUUGAUGCGAGCGGCGAGUGGCGUAAAGUGCUUGAUCUUGCUGAGCAAAAUUGGACAGCUUUGAGCCAGCAUCGAUGUAUCGUCCGAAUGUGCGCCCAAGCUGCCUGGAGACUAGGUCAAUGGGAUGAUCUCGAAAAGUACUCAUCUCAGCUGACUUGUGUCGGAUUUGAUGGCGCGUUUUACAGUGCGGUUUUGCAUGUUCAUCGCCAAGACUGGUCUCACGCCGCUGAUGCUAUUGAUGCUGCUAGGAAAGCAAUGGACAGUAGAUUCACCGCGUUGCUGGCUGAAUCAUAUAGUCGGGCAUACCCUAGCAUGGUGACGGCCCAGAUGCUAUCGGAGAUGGAAGAAAUUAUUGAGUACAUGAAAACUGAAGAGAGGUCAAGAAUCGAAAUUGACCAUCACCCGGCAAAUCGGCAGAGCAUAGAAAGGGCUCGGGAGAGGCUAAUAUCUGUUUGGAAGGAUCGACUAGCAGGGUGCCGUAUGGAUUCUGAAGCCCACGCGUCGAUUCUUGCGGUCAGAUCACUGGUGAUCGGACCGGAAGAUGACGUAGAUGCCGUGCUAACGCUGAGUAAAUUAUCGAGGCAGGCCGAACGCCACAAGUUUGCAGAACGCGUUUUACUCGACCCUUUGCAUUCGCUCAAGAUUCAGCAUACUUUUUAUUUUGCUUAUGUUAAGCAUUUGUGGUAUACUGGUGAAAAGCAUGAAGCAACCAGGCGUUUAGAGCAUCUGUGUGAUGUUGUAGAUAUGGUCUCACAUUGCGAACGGAUUAAUGAAACGUCGCUAAGAGUUGCAUGUUGGCUGGAAUACGGGGAGUGGAAGCUGUCAACAACAACUUCGCUUGGGUCAUCCAUGAGUCCGCAAUUUCAACUAGAUGUGUUGACGUCUUUGAAGCGGGCAACCCAGCCGGACGACUGCGGGUAUAAAGCAUGGCACGGGUGGUCGCUUUUGAACUUUCGCAUUGCCUUGCAACUCAACGACCGGCAUCAUUUAUCGUCGCAAGCGGAUGCUCAACGCCCAGGCGCAAGCUUCGAUAAGAGUAUUCGGAAUCAUGUUGUUGCUGCAGUCCGAGGGUUUGUGAACGCAAUCAACUUAGGCACCAUUAAACAGAGCGCCUCGGUGCAACAAGAUUUAUUGAACUUGUUGACUUGCCUCUUCAAGUUUGGCAGUUUGCAGGACGUCGCGGUUGUCUUGAAUGAAUGCGUGAGCUCCGUCGCCAUCGAAGCUUGGCUGGGCGUUCUUCCUCAGCUAUUGGCUCGAAUACAUAUAAAGGACCCCGCCAUAAGAUCCGUCCUGCACCCCCUGCUUACACGUCUCGGUGAGAAGCACCCUCAAGCAUUGAUGUACCAGCUUUCCGUUCUUCUCAAAAGCCCUGUCGUUGAGCGGAGAACCGCUGCAGAGAGCUUGAUGAACUCACUGAAGUCACAUUCAAGUGAUCUAGUGGAAGAGUCUCUGAUGGUUUCAUCAGAGCUAAUCAGGGUGGCGAUCCUUUGGUCUGAAACGUGGCACGCUGGACUAGAGAAUGCCUCAGCGUUUUUCUACGUUGAAAAUAACAUAGCUGCGAUGCUGGACCAGCUGCACUCUCUACAUGGUGAAUUUGAGAAGGAGCCAGAAACGAGUAUGGAGAGAGACUUUGCGGAAGCCCAUGGAGGAAACAUUCGGCAAGCAUACGACUGUAUUAAGAAAUACAUACAGCUGAGCUCCAACGAUGACGAGAAUUUAUCGCCAGAGCAGAAAGACUCUCGCCGUGAAGAAGCCGAAACUUUUUUACACAAAGCUUGGGAUUCAUACUACGUUGUCUUUCGACCGAUCAACCAGGAUCUGAAAUCGAUGUCGCUUCUUAGGCUACCAGAGUGUUCUCCGGCGCUCAGUCGAGCCCGAAAUUUGGAACUUGGAGUACCAGGAUCGUAUCGCGUCGAUGGUUCCUACGUAAGGAUUCAGAAGUUCGUUCAGCGCGUUAGCAUUAUCAAUAGCAAGCAGAGGCCCCGUAAAGUGACGUUGCGAGGGAGCGACGGGAAACACUACGUAUUCCUCCUCAAAGGUCACGAGGAUCUCCGUCAAGAUGAGCGUGUCAUGCAGCUGUUUGGUCUCGUGAAUGCACUGUUGGUUCGGGACCCGCAGACGAAGAAUCAAGAUUUGAUGAUCAAGCGAUACACCAUUUCGCCUUUGUCACACAAUUGCGGCCUCGUCGGCUGGGUGCCUCACUGCGACACUAUGCAUGCGUUGAUUCGAGACUAUCGCGAAGCCAAAAAAGUUCCUAUGAACAUCGAGAAUCGAGAAAUGAUGAAAACCGCACCGGAUUACGACCUUUUGACGGGAAUGCAAAAGGUGGAAGUUUUUACUGAUGCGCUACAAAAAACACCUGGUAAAGGGGACGAUCUGGCUGAAAUUUUUUGGCUAAAGAGCACAAACAGUGAGGAAUGGCUCGAGCGGCGCACCAAGUAUACGCGGAGUUUGGCAGUCAUGUCGAUGGUGGGCUACAUUCUCGGUCUCGGAGAUCGCCACCCUUCCAAUCUCAUGAUUGAUAAGCUUUCCGGUCGCGUCUUGCACAUUGAUUUCGGGGACUGUUUCGAGAUUGCCAUGGUGCGCGACAAGUACCCUGAGCGAGUUCCAUUCCGCCUCACGCGUAUGCUAGUCAAAGCUAUGGAGGUCUCGGGAAUCGAAGGGACCUACCGCAGUACGUGCGAAAGGACAAUGAACCUUCUUCGCUCUAGUCGUGAUACGUUAGUCGCUAUGCUUGAAGCGUUUGUGCACGACCCUCUGAUUAGUUGGCGGUUGGUGAACUUUAUUACAGGGGGUGCGUCGGCACGAGUGGCGACGGAAACUUCCAUAGCACGAUCCCGCAUGGAGCGAUCGCUUAUGGGAGUGAUGGGCGGGGAGAACGGGGUCGUGCAUGAGGAAGCGUUGAACGUCAAGGCUCUGCAAGUUAUUCGACGAGUUGAAGACAAACUGUCCGGUACGGACUUUCCGGAUUGCGAAGGCGAGCCGCUGGAUGUGUCAGACCAAGUCCAGCGGCUGAUUGUACAAGCGACGAGUUCCGAAAAUUUAUGCCAGCUCUUUAUUGGAUGGUGUGCGUUUUGGUAAGAUAUCUCUAUUAGAGCUACACGUUUACGUAGACCAAGUAUGUUGCCAAGUGGAGAUCAACUCUGGCAGUGCCCGAAUAAAGGCGACAGCGGAGGGCUUUUAGUUGUGCUUUCUUCGACCCUACAUGCCACCAAAAAAAUCACCGUUCAUGGCUUUCAUACGCGCCAUGUGGUCUUCCAUGGAGGCUUUUUUCUCAAUCGCCGGUUUUGCCACGGGCUUGGGGGGCGAUGGCGGGCUGGAUACGGCGGUGGGAGGAGCGAAUACCGGCACGACCGGUUGGGGUUCGAGCUGUUGUUGCCGCAUCAUGGACUUGGCGAGUGCGGCAUCCAGCGCGACUUGUUCGGCUUCCUGCGUAGCCGACGCAGCCGCAAUCUGCGUUGCUUCGACAUCUUCAAAAUCGUCGGCGUCGUGUGUUACCGAUGCGACGGCCAACUUAUUGAUCCUAAGUUUACUGGUCACGUUGCUGGACUUCUUUUUGAGUAGAUUUUUGGUCGCCGUGCUGGUGGUGACACCGUCGCCGGCUGGUUUGCGCAAAACGAGUUUGACGCCGCCGCUACCGGGUGGGGUGACGAGUUUUUUGGCACCGGGGAGUUGCGAGGCCAAGACGGCAUUGGACUUGACCGGUCCAGCAGCGGCGGCGCGGGCCGCUUGUAGCUUUUGUCGUGCCAGCGCGUCUCCUUGUUGUUGAUCGGCGAGUUCGAGAUUCGCCAACAGAUUAUUCGUGUGGUCAUUGUUGUUGCCUUGCUGGGGGGUCCCUUCCCCACGUUGGGCGGCUUGGGCAUCGACUAGUUUGGCGAGUUCGGCGCGGUAGGACUGUGCGGCUUUGGACUUGUACUUCUUCUCGCUCUUGCCGUGAAAGUCGGUGAAGCCGUGUUUACGGAGAUAGGCCUGUGCGGUGCCGUUACCGCCAACCCGCAUGGCGUCCACUUGUCGUUGAGUCCAUUCAUCCAAGUCCACCGAACGGACAAAAGUGGUGUGGACUCCCAUCCCGCGGUGUGUGGCGGAACAAUCCAGACACAGAAAGACACCGUAGGUUACCGAAGCCCACGUGGGACGAGAUGCGGGACAAUCGAAACAAACCUGAUUAGCUUGAAUAGCCUAACGUCGUAAGUUCAUUCACCAAAACCCACCACCACCACCACAGAAGAGAGAGCGAUACACACGUAUAUACGGUGAGAGAGAAAACGUAACGUAUGGCAUUGUAUCGCAGCGUAGACGUUGACACCGUGAGCCACGCUUGUCCGGCGUUGGCACUGGCGGCAACUCUACCGUAACAGAAAGCUGGCUCCACGUUCGUCUCGUGCCGUACCAACUCCCAAUGCUUACAGUUAGUUUACUAACCAACUAACUUAUCUACACAACACGACGCACGUACCUUUAACUUUUUGAACUGGGCGUUCUUGUCCGCGGAAGGAAUGCAGACUUGUCCUUUCCCCGCCGCUGUAAAGGUUCCAUCCUGGCGUAGAUUUCCCGACGUCGAAUGCUGGUAAUUUCGUGCGGCAGAGGUUGACAUGGGAAAGCAAGGCAAGGUAAGGAAUGGUCUCUGACGGAUGGGACUGUGGAAUGAUGGUGGCAAAAGCCAAAACGCUUCCCGUGAUGUAGCAACGGUGGAGUAG